CCCCGCCCUCUCAGCGAAGGUGGCUGCCGAGGUGGGCGGGGAGGUCAGGUGACCCGGCCGGCGUCCCAAGAUGGCGGCGGCGGCGGCGCCCGGAAGGCCGCGGCAGCGUCCCGGCUGCUAAGGUGGGCCCCACGCGGCUGGCAGCGGACACGCCGGACCUAGGGCCGGAGGACGGACGGCAACCGCCUCUGCGCGGACCGGGGCUGGGCCGUGCGGCGGCAGCGGCGCCAGGGGAUGCUCUUGCUGGGCCUGGCCUCUCCCUUCUUAACUUAGGGCGGCGGCGGGCCCGCGCCCCUAGCUCCCGGGCCAUGGCGCUGAGGGAGCUCAAAGUGUGUCUGCUCGGGGAUACAGGUGUAGGUAAAUCGAGUAUUGUGUGGCGGUUUGUGGAAGACAGUUUUGAUCCAAACAUCAACCCAACAAUAGGGGCAUCUUUUAUGACCAAGACUGUCCAGUACCAAAAUGAGCUACAUAAAUUCCUAAUCUGGGAUACAGCUGGACAAGAACGAUUUCGUGCCUUAGCACCAAUGUACUAUCGAGGGUCGGCUGCAGCUAUAAUCGUUUAUGAUAUCACAAAAGAAGAGACAUUUUCAACAUUAAAGAAUUGGGUGAAAGAACUUCGACAGCAUGGCCCACCUAAUAUUGUAGUUGCCAUUGCAGGAAAUAAAUGUGAUCUUAUCGAUGUAAGAGAAGUCAUGGAGAGAGAUGCAAAGGACUACGCCGACUCUAUUCAUGCAAUUUUUGUAGAGACCAGCGCAAAAAAUGCGAUAAACAUAAAUGAACUCUUUAUAGAAAUUAGUCGAAGAAUUCCAUCCACUGACGCCAACCCGCCAUCUGGCGGUAAGGGUUUCAAACUCCGAAGACAGCCUUCAGAGCCAAAGCGGAGCUGCUGCUGACCGAACCUCAGCCUUUCAGACUUGAUGAUGAAGUAGGUGGUCCUGAAAGUUAACAGGAGGGCUGGGGUCCCUGCCAUCAGUUUUCACCUAGCCGGUCUUGAGUCUACUCCGUGCAAAAAGGAUUCACAGAAAUUGACCAGUUCUGUUCUCCAAAGACUGAAGCAAUGAUAUUUCAGUCUGUGAACUUCUAUUAUGUAAAGAAUCUCUAGUGUACAAAGGGACUACAUCGUUGGCUUUUGACCUUGCUGAAAAGGAACAUAUAAUUGUAUGGAUGGUAGGAUUAAGUUGUUGAGUAGUUUUGUAAUCAAGAUUUUAUGUAACAUUUGUAAAGGGAAAAUUAGCACUUUCGUGGUUCUUAAGGGAAAAGAAAAAGACCUUGUGGAGGUUAUAAUUUCCUUGGUUUCUGUUCCCACUGUUAGAGGGAGUCGUAUCAUUUAACAUAUAGUAGGAUAGUUUAAGUGGAGGGAGAACAAUUAUUAUCUGAAGCUAAAAUGGGUUAUUUAUAGGACUGAUGGAAAUGAUUUCAUCUCUGUCAUCUCUAAAGCACUUUUCAUUGAACAUGUUAGCCUAGGAUACGUACAGUAAAUUAACAAUCAUAGCAGCAGAUGCCUAGCUCACCCUGGGUUUGCUUCUGACCUUGUCAUGUGUGUGCCACCAAACACGUUAUUGGCACCUUUUUAAAUAAGCUCUCAUGAUCAAGAUGGUGAUGGUAGAGAAGCUGCCCAGAAUAGACUGAAUUUCAUAUGUUCUAAACUGACUAGCAAUGGUUUAAAAAGGAAGAAGAGCGGAAGUGAAGAAGGUGGUGUAAAUGCUGUCAAUUUUUUUUAAACCCAAGUAUUUUGGUGGGGAAAAGCAAGUAUCUGUUGCUUAGCAUAUGUAAAGUUGUAGUCUAUAUUUAUGAGGCCAUUGCUUAAAGAUUAUAAAUUAUGUAAAUACAUUAAUAAAUUCUAAGUUUCAUUUGACAUUCCA